AUAUCUCCAGGUCUUAUACAACAACCUUUAAUCUCACUGAAGCAGCUCCGAUCUGAGUUUUUAGCAAUGGCGAAACUAAUCCUUAGCCUCCUCUCAUUGAUUCUUAUCGGUCUCAUCGCGAUCGCUUCCGCCGCAGUUAUCUUCGAGGAGCGCUUUGAUGAUGGAUGGGAGAACAGAUGGGUUAAAUCUGAGUGGAAGAAAGAUGACAAGUCUGCUGGGGAGUGGAGCCACACUGCAGGAAAUUGGUCUGGUGAUGCUAACGAUAAAGGUAUCCAGACCAGUGAGGACUACAGGUUCUACGCCAUUUCUGCUGAGUUCCCUGAAUUUAGCAACAAGGACAAAACCUUAGUCUUCCAGUUCUCGGUCAAGCACGAGCAGAAGCUUGACUGUGGUGGUGGCUACAUGAAGCUGCUCAGUGGUGACGUUGACCAGAAGAAAUUUGGUGGUGACACCCCAUACAGCAUUAUGUUUGGUCCCGAUAUCUGUGGCUACAGCACGAAGAAAGUGCAUGCUAUCCUUACCUACAAUGACGCCAACCACCUGAUCAAGAAGGAUGUUCCAUGUGAAACUGACCAGCUCACCCACGUGUACACAUUCAUCCUCCGCCCAGAUGCUACUUACAGUAUUCUCAUUGACAAUGUUGAGAAGCAAACCGGUAGCCUGUACUCUGACUGGGAUCUUCUCCCACCCAAGAAGAUCAAGGACCCCAGCGCCAAGAAGCCUGAGGACUGGGACGAGCAAGAGUACAUUCCCGACCCUGAAGACAAGAAACCUGACGGAUACGAUGAUAUCCCAAAGGAGAUCCCAGAUACCGAUGCAACGAAGCCUGAGGACUGGGAUGAAGAAGAAGAUGGUGAGUGGACUGCCCCUACCAUUCCCAACCCUGAGUACAUGGGUGAAUGGAAGCCCAAGCAAAUCAAGAACCCCAACUACAAGGGCAAGUGGGAAGCUCCACUGAUUGACAACCCUGACUUCAAGGAUGACGCAGAGCUCUACGUCUUCCCCAAACUGAAGUAUGUUGGAAUCGAAUUGUGGCAGGUGAAAUCAGGAUCAUUGUUCGACAAUGUCUUGAUCUGCGAUGACCCAGACUACGCCAAGAAGUUGGCUGAUGAAACAUGGGGAAAGCUCAAGGAUGCGGAGAAAGCAGCUUUCGAUGAGAUUGAGAAGAAGAAAGAGGAAGAGGAAUCCAAGGACGCUCCAGCAGAAACUGAUGCUGAAGAUGAAGCAGAGGAAGAUGAAGGAGAUGAAUCAGAUACUGAAUCAAAGACCGAGGCCAAAUCCGAAGCUAGCGAGGAAACCUCAGAGGAGAAAGACGCCACCGCUCAUGAUGAGCUGUAAGGGAAAGAACGUUGAAGAUUGAAGACCAAAAGUUUUCGAGCCUCUUUUUAUUUUUGUUUUUAUCCUUUCUUUUGAAGUACUUUAGCAUUCUAGCUUGUCGGAGGGUAGAACAAGUUUUAGCAGUUUAAAAAGUGGGGCAAAUGUGUGGGGCGAGUAGCGGUACACAAUGAUGUGAUGAUCAAGAUGCUCUUUUUGUACUGAAAACCAUAAGAUGACAUUUUGCACUUA